GGCCAGAGGCAGGCCAGUCUUUUCACAUAUUCAUGUCACCCUUCUAGUGAAAGCCUGCCGGACUGUCUGAAACUACAGAGAGAACAGGGAUGCAGUCCUCCACACUGGUAUUAUUAUGGGCACUGGGAACAUUGGUGUGGGCAGAGGAAGCAAAGCCUACGGAGGAAUCCAUUCUCUGCUCAAAGAGCUGCACCUGUCUCAAUGAUGACUACACCUCAGAGCUCAGCGUCUACUGCAGUUCACGAAACCUGACACAGGCACCUCCCGACAUCCCUGUGUCAACACGUUCUUUAUGGCUGGACGGAAACCUGUUUACUACCCUGCUAGCAGACUCGUUCAAAAAUCUGAGCAAUCUGGAUUUCUUGAAUCUGCAAAGUGGCCAGCUGGUAAGCCUCGACUCCCAGGUAUUCAGAGGACUGCACACUCUUGCUCACCUGCACCUGGAGCGAAACAACCUCCGUUGGCUGCCUGCCACCAUCUUCCAAAGUACCCCAAACCUCGCUUCCCUCAAUCUCCACAACAAUCAGUUAUCACGUUUAGAUGACAAGUUGUUUGCUGGACUCUCACAUAUGUGGUUAUUGAACAUAGGAUGGAACUCCCUUUCGGUUCUUCCAGAAACUGGAUUUCAGGACCUACAUGGCUUACGAGAGUUGGUGCUUGCUGGGAAUCGCUUGGCUUACCUUCAGACUCAACUGUUCCAGGGUCUUACAGAGCUAAAGGAGCUGGAUUUAAGUGGAAACCAGCUGAGAGUUAUCAAAGCAAAUGUGUUUGUGAAACUUCCAAAGCUGCUGAAGCUUUAUCUUGCCCAAAAUCAGAUUAUGACAGUGGCACCUAGAGCAUUUGUCAGCAUGAAAUCCUUGAGGUGGCUAGAUCUGAGCAGGAAUCGACUUUCUGUUCUCCACGACGAGACUUUCCUUGGCCUACAUAGCCUGCAUGUACUUCGACUGUCAAACAACUCAAUAAACAGUCUAAGGCCAGGUACCUUUCGUGACCUGCAGUAUCUCGAAGAACUUGGACUGUGCCACAACCAGAUUCGGGUCUUAGGCGAGAGAGUUUUUGAAGGACUGGGCCAUUUGGAGGUUCUCAGCUUAGAGCACAACAGGUUACAAGAGGCACGAAUGGGUUCCUUCAUGGGUCUUAGUCAUCUAGCUGUGAUUAAGCUCACUGGUAGUUGUUUCCGCACCCUGCCAGACCAGGUUUUUAAAGGCCUGUCAAAGCUCCACAGCAUUCAUCUCGACAAAGGUUGUUUGACCAAAGUGUCCACCCAAGGUUUUAUUGGUCUGACAAGUCUACGUCGACUUUUCCUACAACACAACGACAUCUCUGUGGUGGAACGACAGAGUUUUAUGGAGCUCCAACGACUGCAACAGCUUGACCUGAGAUUCAACAAACUGGCAUCCCUCUCCUCGCAUACCUUCUAUGGCUUAAAGAGUCUUGACUACCUUCUUCUGUCCAACAAUCUCCUCCGUCAGCUUCCUUCAGAAGUACUUCUGCCACUGCAGCACCUAUCUUGGCUAGACCUCUCUGGAAAUAAGCUGGAGGUCCUUCUUAACGCAACACUUUACAUGCUGCCACGGCUGCGCUACCUUAACCUGAGGGACAAUGCACUAAGCACCCUUCCGUCUUCCAUUCCUGAUGGCUUAGACCAGCUUUGGCUAUCAGGUAACAACUGGCAAUGUGACUGCAGUGCUAAACCUUUUAGGGAUUUCUGCUUGCAGAAGCCGCUUGUGGUCCCACGGCAGAUGGAGACCCUGGCAGAGGGUGAGGAGCCCAACACGCUUAUCACAAUCUAUAAUAACAUCACAUGUACCAGCCCACCCAACACUGCUGGCGUAGACCUGCGAGAUGUCAGCAGCGAACACUUUAAGGACUGCUAAGUCUUUUGAGUAGAAGUGUGGUUGAGACAAGUUUUCAAGCUUCUGCAAGCAUGGCAAAAUACUUGGCAAAUACAUGGCAAAAUACUAUAAUCAACUGUGAAUAUUCAAAUUUCCUGUCUUUCCAACUGUACUAUCUUCUCAUGUAUUGUAUACCUUCUGAAAUCAAAAGCUGUGGAACUAACAAAUCAUGAUUUAUGUUCAUGUGUAUUAAGAGCAAGUCUGUUGACUUCAAAUAAAAAUGACUGUGCUAGACAGUUAACAGCGAGUCUCA